AUCUUCUGAUAGAAGUUCACAACAGUUCAGAAGAGCAGAACAAAACAGCGUUUAAGAAAAGAUAAGAUGAGAUGAACCUUUAUUAAUCCCCGGAGGGAAAUGCAGGUAUCAAAGCAGCAACAUCAGAAAACAUCAGCAAACAGAGUGAAACACAGGAGAGGUAUAAAGACCCACAGCCUGCAGGACAUGAGGCAACAGGCAGCCAUCGCUGCCAAAGUCUUCAUUCAGAGAGAUUAUACCAACGGCACUGUGUGCCACUUCCAAACCAAGUUCCCCUCUGAGCUGGAGACCCGGAUUGACAAACAGCAGUUUGAAGAGACCGUGCGGACACUGAAUAACCUGUACGCUGAGGCGGAGAAGCUGGGAAGCCAGUCAUAUAUUGAAGGCUGUCUGGCCUGCCUCACAGCGUACACCAUCUUCCUGUGCAUGGAGACUCACUAUGAGAAGGUUUUGAAGAAGAUUGCAAAGUACAUUCAGGAGCAGAAUGACAAGAUCUACGCACCGCGAGGCCUCCUGCUCACCGACCCCAUCGAGAGAGGCUUGCGAGUCAUUGAGGUCACCAUCUUUGAAGACAGAAGCCUGACUAGAUAAAAGCUGCCACGGCUUAGACCGAUACACCAGCAUAUCAAUCCAACAUCAGCCUUUUAUUAAAACUCAUGUUGGUCAUUAAGUCAUCAUCAAAGGUGUUUAAUGCUUGGCCAAAUGCUCCAAACAAAUAGGGGGCAGUGUUUCACCUCUACUACUGGGUCCAUUCAAUCCAAACUUUGUAACAAAUACAAACAUCCAAAAUGCUGAAACUCGGUCAAAAUAACACCGCUGUCUUAUAAUCUUCACGUGUGGCGUCGGCCUGUAGUUUACGUUAGCUAUCUGUGUGUUUACUGUGACACUUAACUGAAGGCUGUACGGUCUGUGUACGUUUUGAUAUUUGAUCUAUAGUUUGUGCUGGCUGAAUUCAAGCUAACUACUAACUGAAGUACCGUCUCUCACAUUACUCACACAGUAGUUCUCACAUUUCAAAUUCAGUUCUUGUAAUUCAAUUUCAGUUUACUGAGCCACAUAUCCGAUCGUCGAGGAAGAGCAAUUGAGUGCAGAUUCACAGAACUACGGUCGGUGUAGCCUAGGUUUUUAUAGUUUGUUUAUAUAGCGAUAUGAGGCACUGAAUUUGAUGAAUUUACUGUUCAUCAGUCCGCAAAUGAGACAAGAAUUAGCGAGCUGGAGCACCCGGCGAUCCCUCUGUCUAUACCUCACUCCCCGCUGCUGGAGACCACCUUGCCGUGAGGAGAGCGCACGGCAGCUCUGGAGACAGAUCAUCAGUUAACGUUAGCGGCUGUAGCACCUGGAAUUCAGCCAGUCCAAACCCAGAGCCGGGGAUCUGAUCCCGGACCGCCGCGGCUCCCCGCCGGGUCAGCAAACUUUGUGUUGCUGCCGUUAUACAGAAACCUCUGUCUUUACUAUAAGGAUACCUCCAGUUCAAUAGUAUGUUGUUGUUGUUGUUUUUUUAAGCAGCUAUAAUCAGCAUUUUACAACUGAUAUAUUAUCACUUUAUAAUGUUUUGAGGGGAAUCCUGUCACUUGCCUGUUUUUAGCUCUGUUUUUGUCUCCACCAACUCCUGACAAUUAUCUGGCUUUUACCAGCAAGUAGCUUACUUUGUCUGUCGUUUGGUGCUGAGCAAGUAGCGUAUAUUGUGUUUAGAAGCUUUUUUACUGAGAACAGCUGCCUGGAAAGGAGGUUGAUUAGAGCAGUGAGACUAAACAGACUAAACUAAAGCAGUAAAGUUGCAGGCCAGAAAACCAAUGGGCUGAAAAACAUUAUAGAGCUGAAGGGAACUACAGAGGUGGAUGAUUAUUCUGUGUUUUCAUCACUACAAAUAUCUUUACACUACACAUUUGAUCCAUCGUAUAGAAAAUAUUAAUAGGGCAGUUUUAAGUGUCCUAUGAUCUGGAGAGUUUUGGAGAGAUUUCCACUUCCGUUUUUCCACUCAAAAAUAUCACUCUGGGAUAAAUUACAACCUUUUU